AUGAGUAAUCCUCAAAAGGCCUUAAACGAUUUUCUGUCCAAUGAAUCAGUCCACACUCAUGAGAGUUCUAGAAAACAAUCUCAUAAUAGACGCUCAUCGGACGAAGGACGUUCUUCCUCACAACCCUCACAUCAUCAUUCCAACGGUCACAAUAAUAAUGGUAGCCCUGGUAACGGUAAUGAUGGGGACAACGAUGAUGGUUAUGACUAUGAGAUGCAAGAUUAUAGACCGUCGCAACAAAGCGCGCUUCCCACACCUACAUACGUCCCACAGUAUUCUGUAGGAAGUGGGCCCUCUUUCCCGAUCCAGGAGGUCGUUCCUAACGCGUACAUAAACACACAAGACACGAACCAUAAAGAUAACGGUCCGCCAAGUGCAAGUAGUAAUAGAGCAUUCAGACCAAGAGGCCAAACCACCGUAUCAGCGAACGUACUUAACGUCGAGGAUUUUUAUAAGAAUGGAGAUGACGCGUAUACUAUACCGGAGUCGCAUCUGUCGAGAAGAAGGAGCAGAUCAAGGGCUGAGAGCAACACUGGUCACAGCGCCACUACGGGCGCUACAAAUGCAAGGACUACUGGCGCUCAAACCAAUAUGGAAAAUAACGAGCCGCCACGUAGCGUUCCUAUUAUGGUGAAGCCAAAAACGCUGUACCAGAAUCCUCAAACUCCAACAGUUUUGCCUUCCACGUACCAUCCGAUCAACAAAUGGUCUUCGGUGAAAAACACUUACUUGAAGGAAUUUCUGGCUGAAUUUAUGGGAACAAUGGUUAUGAUUAUUUUCGGUAGUGCCGUCGUAUGUCAAGUCAAUGUUGCGGGCAAAAUACAGCAAGACAACUUCAAUUCAGCUCUGGAUAAUAUUAAAGUCACCGAUUCCUCCGCAGAAACGAUAGAAACUAUGAAGAGUCUAACUUCGCUAGUAUCUUCUGUUGCAGGCGGUACGUUUGACGAUGUGGCACUGGGUUGGGCUGCUGCCGUCGUGAUGGGAUAUUUCUGUGCUGGUGGUAGUGCUAUCUCCGGUGCUCAUUUGAAUCCAUCUAUUACAUUGGCAAAUCUGGUAUAUAGAGGUUUCCCCCUAAAGAAGGUGCCCUAUUAUUUUGCUGGACAACUGAUCGGGGCCUUUACGGGUGCUUUGAUUUUGUUUAUUUGGUAUAAAAGAGUGCUACAAGAGGCAUACGGCGAUAUAUGGAUAAGCGAAAGUGUUGCGGGAAUGUUUUGUGUUUUUCCAAAGCCUUAUUUAAGUUCAGGAAGACAAUUUUUUUCCGAAUUUCUAUGUGGGGCUAUGUUGCAAGCUGGUACAUUUGCGUUGACCGAUCCUUAUACAUGUUUGUCAUCCGAUGUUUUCCCGUUAAUGAUGUUCAUUCUAAUUUUUGUCAUAAAUGCCUCCAUGGCCUAUCAAACGGGUACAGCAAUGAAUUUGGCUCGUGACUUAGGCCCACGUCUCGCCUUGUACGCUGUUGGAUUUGACCAUAGAAUGCUUUGGAUACACCACCAUCAUUUCUUUUGGGUACCUAUGGUAGGUCCAUUUCUUGGUGCAUUAAUGGGCGGGCUGGUUUAUGAUGUUUGUAUUUAUCAGGGUCAUGAAUCUCCAGUCAAUUGGUCUUUACCAGUCUAUAAGGAAAUGAUAAUGAGAGCUUGGUUCAGAAGACCCGGUUGGAAAAAGAGAAACAGAGCUAGAAGAACAUCGGACUUGAGUGAUUUCUCCUACAACAACGAUGACGAUGACGACGAGUUCGGUGAAAGAAUGGCUCUUCAAAAGACAAAAACUAAGUCAUCCAUUUCAGACAACGAAAAUGAAGCUGGUGAAAAGAAAGUUCAAUUUAAGUCUGUUCAGCGUGGUAAAAGAACGUUCGGAGGUAUACCAACCAUUCUUGAAGAAGAGGAUUCUAUCGAAACAGCUUCACUAGGUGCGACUACCACAGAUUCCAUGGGAUUGUCUGAUAUAUCUUCAGAAGAUUCUCAUUUCGGGAAUUUAAAGAAAGUAACGUAG